AAAUACAAAGAAAACAAAAUUGUUACACCCUUGUAUAUGUACGUACUCGUAUUCUCACUCUGAAUCGGGGGAGUUGUGUAGGACUUUAUUAAUUUAUGUAUAGUGUCAAACUUGAAGAAAAUUUGUUUUCCACUUCCAGUGACACUUUGUGUAGCAGCUAACGUUAGUGGGUACGGAAAGGGGAAGAGCUCAGCCGCAGGAACCAGUUGCGCACAAUGGCAAACACAAAAUAUGGAAUCUAUGGAGAUUUGGACAAAUACAAGGAUGUGGAUGAAGAUGAAAUCUUGAAGUCUUUGACUGCGGAGGAACUUGAACAGUUAGCUGAUUCAUUGGAUCCUGAUAAUGAGUCCUUACCUGCUUCUGAAAGGCAAAAAGACCAGACAAGGAAAAGCCCUACAGGCACUUUUGAUAGACAACAUCUCAUUGAGUUCCUAGAGAAGAAAGCUAAAGAAGAAAAAGACUGGGAAGACAAGGUUCCGUAUAAAGCUGGAGAAAAAAGAGGUAAAAUAUAUGAAACCAAGAAAGCAGAGCUGAUGAAGAAAACAGAAGAAAAUGUGAAGCUAGAUCCUGAAUGGGAACAUGCUCUAGAAGAGGCUACAGAAGAAGACUUGGUGAAUCUUGCAGGAAUUCUCGGUCUUCAUGGUAUGCUGAAUCAAGAACAGUUUGAAGCCUCACAAAGAAAUGAGAGACUUGUGGAUAACCAGGGCAGAUUUCAAGGUAUCGCCAAGUUUAGUAUUCCUAAACCAGUACAUGGAAAUGAGAAAAAUAACACAGAUGUUGAAGAAUCCCUUAAACUUCUGAAGAGUAAUGACGCCUCUCUGAAGACGCUCAAUCUCAACAACAUCAUUAACAUGUCUAUUGAACAAAUGAAGAACAUCUGUUCAGCUCUUGGAUCCAACACACAGCUUAAGGAGUUAUUCAUGGCAAACACACGUCUUACUGACCCAGUUGCAAAGGCAUGGCAGCCAGGUCAUCUUGUCAGCAAGGAGUUGUGGAGGAUACGUGUACGUCCGUGGAUAUGCCGUCAAAGAAAGCAGAAGGGGAAAAGAGCAAAAAUAAAAGAGCUAAAGUGUUGUCAAGACCAGAGGCGAAGUACACACAAGAAGAUGCUGUGAGAAAUGCCCCAUCUUUCUUCCAAGACUCUCUUCUUGCAAUG